AUGCCACCAAACCAAAUCCCUUAUCAAGUAAAAUUGAAGACAUGUCUUAGAAUGUGCAUACAGUAUCUGAGAUAUGCUCAGGACAAACAACAAGCUCUUGCCAAGCAGUAUAGAAGAGAUGUGGCACAGUUACUAAUGGCAAGUAAGGAACAGAAAGCUCAUUACCGUGUUGAAACACUAAUCAACGACGAUAUACACGUUGAACUUUUGGAAAUAUUAGAAUUAUAUUGUGAAUUAUUAUUGGCAAGGGUAUCAAUAUUGACCAGUAUUAAGGAUGAAGUUGACCUUUUGACAAAUCAUAUAGAAGAUGGUAUAAAUGAGGCAGUAAGAGCAUUAGUGUAUGCUUCCCUUCAUGCUAGUGAAGUUAAAGAGUUGGGACAAUUACGUGACUUGUUAACUUUUAAAUUUGGUCAAGAUUUUUUAAAAGUCAUUUUAGAGGAGAAAGUUGGUGUUCCUGAUAAGGUCCUUAAGAAAUGUUCUCCAAAUCUUCCACCGGAAGAUCUCGUAGUACUUUAUUUGAAGGAGAUCUCCCGUACCUACGAUACUCCAUAUAGCCAAUUAACUGAUGAUGAAGAGGAGGAGGAAGAUGAAUCUGUUGUAGAUAGUGAAAAGACAGACGAUAUUAAUGGAGAUAAUGAAGAUCAAACAGAUGAUGAGAAUGGUAACAACGGUAACAGUGUCCCGAAGAAAAAUCAGAGUAUAUCUAAGCAGGAUGAUAAAAAGGCUAUUGUGGCAAUAGAUAAUGAUGCUGCAUUAGAUGAGAACGAUGAACACACACCUAUUACAGUACGGAAACCUAGACAAAAUAGUGAAACGAUGAAGAAGGAUCUAAUAAUUCCAAAAGAAAUAAAGAAAGAUGUUAAAAUAGUUCAUCAAAAGAAAAAGCUGGAUAAUAAGAACGAAGAUACGGAACUAGAAGAUUUAAAGAAAAGAUUUGCAGCUCUACGUAGAUAG